AACAAGAUACUGUGUAGUCCUGCCAGGAUGUUCUGCGAGAUGAGACCCCUCUACAAGUCUCAGUUUUCCUGAUGAUGUAAAUGAUCGGAGAUGGUGAGAGAGUUGGUAUCCAUAAGCAACAAGGAGCUGCCACUUCUGUCUACUGUGCUGUGUCUCCAGAACUAGAGGGAUUAGGAGGAAUGUACUUCAACAACUGCUGCCGGUGCCUGCCGUCACAGGAGGGCCAGAGAGAGGAGAUUGCAGCUGCCUUAUGGGAGCUGAGCGAGAGGCUUAUCCAAGAACGAGUUGGCAGCCAGUCCAAGUAGCAGGGAGUCACUGUUAAGAUGAAAACACAUGGAAAGUGUGUGCUAGGAAACUGCCAGCCCUGGAAGUAUUCCAACCCUAUCAUCUAGAGGGUUUCUAUAUACCUCUGCUACAGAUUAACUAGUGUUAAAUGAAAUAAUAGCAGUCACAACAUAGUGAAAAAUGUUAAGUACAAGAGGGAAACUGGGAAUAUUGUGGGGUUAUAGGGACAAUAUCUCUUUCUUGUUGUUAGCUAAGCAUGUGUUUUGUCUUUAUGAUUAAAGCUUUUUUAAAAAUGUCACCCGGAUUUCUAUGUAAAUGUCAAUAAACAAAUAAAGCAUA